AUGCCGGCCACUUCGGCGACACCGACACCGCUGCCCUCGGGAGUGAGUCCUCCUCUCACCACGGACAAUGACGAUAAUCAUGGCGGGCUGGUGGUGGUGAUCACGUCGUUGUCCUUGGUGUUCGUGCUGUCUUCUCUCGCGGCUCGUAUCUAUUCUUCCUUGCAGCGGCGGAUGUUGCAGCGAGACGACCUUUUAUUUGCCAUACUUGUGGUAGGUUUUGGCAAUGGUGCAGAUAGCAGUGGUGCUCUUGCAGGUUCAUCUGGGGUGGGGCAUGCGGACCGAAUUUAUAUCGCCUGCGAACAAGCCGAUGCUCAAGGCAAGUCGUGCGCCCGGCUCCCUCGUGCUCUCCCGGUAUUAACCAUGGGGCAGACCGUAUAUGCGGCCGAUCUUCUCUCGAUCUUGGUCUUAGGAUGCUCGAAGAUCACGUCGAGCCUGUUCUAUGAGACGCUCUUCUCUCAGAUGCGACUGCAACUGAUCCGCGGGAUUCUGGGUGUCACCAUUGCGUGGACCAUCCUGUCCGUGAGCAUCCUAGCGGUUCGUUGUAGCGAUACACCGUGGUACGACAUUAGCGCGGCGGAAUGUAGCGGGUUGCUCCCCCGCUGGAUCACGAUUACCGUCAUUGAUAUCGUGACGGAGAUUCUCCUCUUUGUGUAUGCGGGACUGGCAAUUCACAAAGUCCGGAUCUCGUUACAGAAGAAGCUGGUGGUUGGGGUGACGCUAGAGAGUCGUGUGCUACUCAUCCCCCUCGCAGCCAUUCAUCUCUACUACGUGAGCAAACAAAUCAAUUCGGACGAUCCCAUCCUGCUGGGGGCCUAUGCCACCAUUACAACCGAGAUAUAUAUCGCGAUCAGCGUCGUCAGCCUGAUAUCCGCAUUCCUCAAAUCCUUCAUUGCGGUCUACGAGGACAAACACGGCCUGUCCUAUACCGACGGGACAUCGGGGUCCCGGUCCAAAACGAAACAAUAUGGUUCGGCCAAUAUCGCGGCAUCGAACAAGCUGGGCCCGCAAAGUUCGGCGAGUGCAGAUCGACCUCGGGGUUGGGAGCGGGAGGAAGACCCGAUUGUGGACCCGGUCGAUGGGCGGGGCCUGCAGAUCUUGAAGACGGUGCAGCUCGAUGUGCGGGACGAAUCAAUCGAGCUGGCGGACCAGGGGACUACGAGUGCAAGCCCACCCCGCUGA